AUGGAUGAGAGUCCCCCAAAGGACGAAUUCAACGUCACUUGCAGAUAUGGAGGAGUUUUUCACGUGGAGAAGAACGGCCGCUACAGCCUGACGCGGUCCGAAGCCGUCGAGCUCUGCAGAGCUCUCAAUAGCACCUUGGCGACACUAGAGCAGGUGAAGAAAGCUAAUGAGCUUGGAUUUGAAACUUGCAGGUAUGGUUUUGUGGUGGGGCACGUUGUUAUCCCCCGGGUCAAGCCCUACCAUCUGUGUGCGGCGAACCACACCGGCGUCUACAGCCUGCUCACCAACACCACGGGGCGCUACGACGCCUACUGCUACAACGGGACAGAGGCAAGGAACAAGACAUGUGAUCCAAUUGAAAGCCUGGAUACUUCUUUGCUCACCACUCAGGAUGAAAUAGUCAUUGACAACGCUGAUGGCUCCCACUUCAAAGUGGACGGCACGCGCCACGGCGGGGAGACCUCCGGGGCCGACGACGACAGCGUAGGUAGUGGAUCCACACAUGACACAACUCCCAUGGAUACUUCCAUCAGGAGAUCCAGCCCAUCCUAUUAUGGAAGUGCUACCCCAGCCUCACAGCUGCCAGAUCACUCUUCAGGAGGGGGUGAAAAGGAAAUUCCUAUAAGCUAUCCUGCUGCGCUGCCUCAUCGUGACCACCCGGAGCAAGCCACCACCCAAGCUUGGUGGAAUCCAUUCUCAAACCACUGGUGGUGGUCAAGUCCUGGAGAGAAGACACAAGGACCCACGCAAGCAACCAAGGCAGAUGGGACCUCGAGCGGCAAUGGCUCAGAUGACGAAGACUCUUCCGAGGAGGUCACUUACCCAACAGUGUUUCCAGGCUGGGACAGAACUGUGGUCAAGGAUGAGCAUGCUCCAAGUACUACUGCGCUGCCUCAUCGUGACCACCCGGAGCAAGCCACCACCCAAGCUUGGUGGAAUCCAUUCUCAAACCACUGGUGGUGGUCAAGUCCUGGAGAGAAGACACAAGGACCCACGCAAGCAACCAAGGCAGAUGGGACCUCGAGCGGCAAUGGCUCAGAUGACGAAGACUCUUCCGAGGAGGUCACUUACCCAACAGUGUUUCCAGGCUGGGACAGAACUGUGGUCAAGGAUGAGCAUGCUCCAAGUACUACUGUGGCCUCGCAGCGCGGCGCGCUCCUGGAGACCUCCAGCCACGACCGUUGGAGCCCUGCCUAUACAGAUGAAGAGGAGCAGUAUCCUAGCUCUGCUGGCAGGGUCAUCAUCUUAUCAGCACUAGUUACAAGUGAGCAUGAAAAGCAUCAAGGACCAACCCCACCUCCACUGCUACUCAGUGCUCCUUCAGGAGGAGGGAGCAGCCAAGAACAAGCCCCUGCAAGUACAACUGGGAGUAUUCAGCAACAGGAGUUUGCUGCUGCAGGUGAAAAUGGCACUGAAAAGGAAUCUUCUCCUACAGCUGUGGCCUCCAGCCAUGGGGCCAAACACAACGACUCGGCACAAGCCCCGGUGGUGUAUCCAGGCUGGGAGCAGGGAGAGGAUGAUGCCACACAAACUGCUGUCAUGGAUAGAGUUAUUCCUUCCAGAGACAACAAUCAGGACAAAGAGUCUUCCACUAAAGCCUCCUCUUCUCCAGGCUAAGCAACCACCAUGAAGAUCCAACUCAGCCACCUCUGCCUUCAGGUACUGAGCCAGGACAGCACUGAAGGCAUCGUGCACCCCACAGACAUCCCUGGGAAUGAGCUCCUCCACACGAGCACAGCUGCAGGCAUGGAGCUCACAGCUGAUCAAAGCAUUGUGGUAACUGCAGUUGCCUCUGCUGGUGGUGCCCACCAUGAAGAUCCAACUCAGCCACCUCUGCCUUCAGGUACUGAGCCAGGACAGGGCACUGAAGGCAUCGUGCACCCCACAGACACCCCUGGGAAUGAGCUCCUCCACACGAGCACAGCUAGUCGAGGCACAGCUGGAGAGGAGCCUCCUCUGAUGGGUACCAUCUCACAAUCCAUGGAUGAUGUUAAUCCAGAGGAAGCAACCACAGAGCCAGUGGCAGCUGGCACUCUGCCUGGAGGUGAAAGCCAAGAAGCCAACAGCACAGAGGAUUCCCAUGGCAGCUGGAUGCCUGCACUCUUCCCUGACAGUGAAGAUGGUCUCAGUCAGUUGCAGACCCCUCUUCCUACCAGAUCUACCUCCAGUAACCACGGCAAUCAAGGGCCACGCAAGGGAUAUUCCGACCCCACCGCUUCCCCUGGCGAGACUACAACAACGACGACGAUCGUCUCACAGCCACGGUCAGCACAGCUACCAGAAUGGCUGAUCAUCGUGGCAGCUCUGCUGGCGCUGGCGCUGAUCCUGGCGGUGUGCAUCGCGGUGAACAGCCGCAGAAGGUGUGGUCAGAAGAAGAAGCUGGUGAUCAACAAUGGGAAAGGGGCAGUGGAGGACAGGAAGACAAGUGGCUUGAAUGGAGAUGCCAGCAGCUCCCAGGAAAUGGUGCACCUGGUUCACAAAGAGCAGUCCAGCCACCGGCCGGGGGCCUGUGACGAGUUCCUGACUGUGAAUGAGACACAAAACCAUCAGGAGCUGGACAUGAAGAGUGGAGUCUAAUGGCACUGAGCUGCCAAGGGAAGCAGAGCUGGGGAAUUCAAAAUCAUGUGGAACUGGGAGAGGAGUUCACAGAUGCACUGUGCUACUGAUGCCCUUUGAACACGAUUGGACAUGAGCUGCAUUGGGUUUGGAUCACUUGUAAAUGCUGCCUGGGUGACAGAAUUGACCUUUGCUUCCUGAAGCAAGCCCCCAAGUGCUGCAGCAAGCCUUCAGUCCUAGUGCCUGCACAGAGGACUGCACCCUGGGGGGCAGGAAGGACACAGGCUCGCACCACUGUUCCCCAGAUGGAGUCUUCACUGUGUGGAGCUGUAGAGGUAGCCAAGCCACUCCAUCUCACAGGCAGCUAAGGUACUAUAGCCAUGGUACAAGAGGGAGUGAGGAAGAAACAUCCAGGGUGAAAGUCAAGCCUGAACCAAAAAAGGUUUCCUAUGCCAUGUCAAAGCCAGCAGAGCCCUUCAGAAAUGCCUUGCAGCCAGCAGGAGCAGUGACCACUGGAGCCAGACACUGACCAAUGGCUUGGGCUGCAGUG